UAGAAGACACAUUCAUCAAACCCGGAAGCGUUCCUGAAUCGCCCGUACUGCUAUUCAUUCAGGCUGCUGAGAUUUACUUCAGUUACUGUUAACAUAUCCGUUCUUACCGAGCGCCUGAUAUAUUCUCUUGUAGAUAGACUAAAGAAGAGCAAGCAUGGCUGGUCGGCUACCGGCUUGUGUUGUUGACUGUGGCACGGGGUACACAAAGCUUGGUUAUGCAGGGAAUACAGAACCACAGUUCAUCAUACCUUCAUGUAUCGCAAUCAAAGAAUCAGCCAAGGUUGGAGACCAGGCCCAGCGAAGGAUGAUGAAGGGAGUCGAUGACCUGGACUUCUUCAUCGGGGACGAAGCCAUCGACAAACCAUCAUAUGCAACAAAGUGGCCCAUCCGUCAUGGAAUAGUGGAGGACUGGGACCUGAUGGAGAGAUUCAUGGAGCAGAUCAUCUUCAAGUAUCUGCGGGCAGAACCUGAAGACCACUACUUUCUUUUGACAGAGCCUCCCCUCAACACACCAGAAAACAGAGAGUACACAGCAGAGAUCAUGUUCGAGUCCUUCAAUGUGCCGGGUCUCUACAUCGCUGUUCAGGCUGUCCUGGCGCUGGCUGCCUCCUGGACAUCCAGACAGGUGGGGGAGCGGACGCUGACUGGGACGGUGAUUGACAGCGGAGACGGAGUCACACACGUCAUCCCAGUGGCUGAAGGCUACGUCAUUGGUAGCUGCAUCAAGCACAUCCCCAUCGCUGGCCGAGACAUCACGUACUUCACCCAACAGCUGCUGAGGGAGCGGGAGGUGGGGAUACCUCCAGAACAAUCCCUGGAGACGGCUAAAGCUGUCAAGGAGCGGUACAGCUACGUGUGCCCUGACCUGGUUAAGGAGUUCAACAAGUACGACACAGACGGCUCCAAGUGGAUCAAACAGUACACCGGCAUCAACUCCAUCUCAAAGAAAGAGUUCACCAUCGAUGUUGGCUACGAGCGCUUCCUGGGGCCCGAGAUCUUCUUCCACCCUGAGUUCGCUAACCCAGACUUCACCCAGCCGAUCUCAGAGGUGGUGGACGAAGUGAUCCAGAACUGCCCCAUCGAUGUCAGACGCCCUCUGUACAAGAAUAUCGUGCUGUCCGGAGGCUCCACCAUGUUCAGGGACUUCGGCAGACGCAUGCAGAGGGACCUGAAGAGGACUGUGGACGCACGGCUGAAGAUGAGUGAGGAGCUGAGCGGCGGCAAGUUGAAGGUGAGGACACAUGACGUCUUUU